AUGCGAGCCCUCGACAACAUUCGAGUCCUUGAAUUAGCGGGACUCGCCCCGGGUCCAUUCACAGGUCUUUUACUGGCUGACAAUGGAGCAGAUGUGCUGCGAGUUGACCGUGUUCAACCAGGCCACUCUCCCAGCCCAGAUGUAUUGAUCAGGGGAAAGUCAUCCAUUUGUGUCGACCUCAAAGAUUCCUCAGGAAAGGACUUUCUAUUACGCCUCAUUCCACAUGCCGAUGUCUUGAUUGAUCCCUUUCGCCCGGGUGUUUUAGAACGCUUGGGACUCGGCCCAGAGGUUCUGCUAAAAAUCAAUCGCCGGUUGAUCAUAGCAAGACUAACAGGUUUUCGCCGUGAUGGAAAAUAUGCUUCUAUGGCGGGCCAUGACCUCAACUACCUCGCAGUCUCGGGAGUUUUGUCAAUGCUCGGUCCUUCAAUUCGAGUUCCACCCUUGGGACAUCCGCUUCCACCCAGUCCACCAGGAAACAUCUUGGCCGAUUUUGCCGGGGGUGGACUGACUUGUUUCGUGGGUAUCAUUCUAGCAUUGUUUGCUCGGGUCAGCACAGGGAAAGGGCAGGUGGUGGAAGCGAACAUGGUAGAUGGGGUCUCUUAUCUUGCCACAGCCCCACGGAUUUCAACGAAGAUUCCUGGACAAUGGGACCAGCCUCGAGGUCAGAAUUUGGUCGAUGGUGGCUGUCCUUAUUACAGGGUGUACGAAUGCAAGGACGGCGGUCGUUACAUGGCUGUUGCAUCCUUGGAGCCUAAAUUUUUCGAUGCGCUAAGCCGAGCAACUGGCCUCGGGGAGAAGGACUGGGGAGGAAAUCGGGAAGACAGAUCCCUGUGGCCCGCAAUGCACGCCCUUUUUGAGGACAAAUUUCGCACCAAGACGCGCAAAGAAUGGGAAGUGAUAUUCGAUGGAACUGAUGCCUGUUGUACUCCAGUUUUGGAACAUCAUGAAAUGGAGGCUAGUCGCUAUGAUCAACGCCCGAUUGUUGCACUUAGCGAGACACCAUCCGUUAUACCAGGAGCUAGUGGCUGGACAGUGAGCACAUUGCCAAAUGGUCAAGGCGGGGAGACUAUGCUGCAGAAGUGGGCUGGAUGGAAGAAGGAAAAGGACUUUGUCGUUGUUAAUGGAGGAACAUGUACCAAGCAGGCUGCAAAGAUCUGA